AUGUACGGCGACUUGGGCUACAAGCUAGUACUCGAUGCCAAGCGGGGACAGGCCAAUCCGGGGCUUCUGAUAUACCAGCUGGAUCUUGUCAAUGAUAUUGUCCAGGAAAUAAACGAUCUCCAUCGAGAUAUGAGCUUCUUGGAGCAGACGAGCGACGACUCCAAAGUGGCCCAGUGCCAGACGUUUGUCACCCAGUUGUGUAUGAGACGAAAUAAGCGGUGCUUGCUUGGCUACCAACGAGCUCGAGCUAGCCGUAUUGACGAAGUGGUGUGGGGUGGGAACACCGGUAGUUCCCGGCUGGUGGAGAAUCUCAGUCACGCCGAACAGGAGUAUUUCCGCCAGUACCAGAACCUCGUUAUGGACUACAAUGCCCUGUUUCCUGACCUAGAUCUUGCUGGGUCGCUUGAGCCGCCGACGGGGAUCUUUAUCGACGUCCGGGUGCUCAAAGACGGCGGCGAAGUGCAGACGGAGUACGGGUCGUUCAACUUGAUCAAAGACAGUCAGUUCUACGUGAGACGCAACGACGUCGAGCGGUUGAUCCAGCAGGGAUACCUUGAGGAGAUAUGA